AUGACAGCCCCAACAACACUAAAUAACGGACCAACAAACGCCCUGCCUCCUUCCCCAACAUCCCCGCCGCGACCCACAGCUCUGCGCCAAAGCGAAGCCCACGCCAGGGGCCCGGGCGAAGGCGAAGGCGGCGGCGGCGUCAAACGGCGGCCCCACCGAGGGAGAAAAACCCUGUGGGCGAGGCGAGGCACGGCCAACGAGGCCCCGUCGAACCAACUAUUACAACGCAUAAAAACGACUCCCCGAAACUUCUACAAGAAAGCCCGCGAGCCCCCAGUGCGCCCGGCGACGCCCGCUCCCCCAGCAGCGCCCAACCCCAGAGGCCCCAGCAUUGCGGCCAGAGUGAAGAGUGCGCGUGUCCCACCUCCACCACUUGAUCUUCCAUGCAAACCACACCAAGCCCCAGCCAAACCAGCCCGACCUGCAGCCCACCAGCCCGCCCUCAGCCGACUCACCACCAGCCCGCCCUCAGCCCACCAGCCCGCCCUCAGCCGACCUCAGCCCAGCCCCCCCAGCCCCCAGCCGCCCUCAGCCCACCAGCCCGCCCUCAAGCCCACCAGCCCUCCGCCCACAGCCCAAGCCCCACCAGCCCGCCCGUCAGCCGCCCCAAGAAAGCCGACCUCAGCCCACCAGCCCUCAGCCGACCUCAGCCCACCCAGCCCGCCCUCAGCCGACCUCAGCCCCACCAGCCCGCCCUCAGCCGACCUCACCAGCCCAGCCGACCAUCAGCCCACCAGCCCCGACCCAGCCAGCCACCAGCCAGCCCUCAGCCCCCCCGCCCCAGCCCCUGCCAAGCCGACCUCAGCCAGCCCCGCCGACUCAGCCCACAGCCCGCCAGCCGACCUCAGCCCACCAGCCGCCCACCCAGCCGCCACUCAGCCCACCAACCCUCAGCCCACCAGCCGCCUCAGGCCACACACCAGCCGCCCUCAGCCGCACCACCCGCGCCCCAGCCCACACCUCAGCCCAGCCGACGCUUACAGACCCACCAGUACCGCCCCCAGCCACCAGCCCGCCCUCAGCCCACCAGCCCGCGCCCACAGCCCACCCAGCAUCGCCCACCAACCCGACCCCUCAGCCCCACCAGCCCGCCCUCAGCCCAACCAGCCCGAACCUCUCACCCACCAGCCGCCCAAGGCCCGACCCGCCUCAGCCACCUCAGCCCGACCUCAGCCCACCAAGCCCGCCCUCAGCCCUCAGCCCACAGCCCGCCCUCAGCCGACCUCAGCCACGCCCACGCCCACGCCACUGGUCGUCGAGACAGGGUGGAUCCAGCGGCGGUGA